GAACGUGGAGGGAGCGGAGCUGCUGCUGCUGCCGUGGGGACCUCCUCCUCCUCCUCCUCUUCCUCCAUCCGUCCGGCCCUCCGUUAACCCUGGAGCCUAAUGACGGCGGCGCUGCCUUCUCCUGCCGCCGACCCUCUCCUGGCUGAUCUCCCCAGCGCCUGCCCACCGCGGCCCCCUGCCCGCGCCGCCCCCCACGCCUGAGAACACGCGUGUCUGCGCCACCCCCCCCACGCCUGAGAACACGCGUGUCCGCGCCGCAGCCCUGCCCAGCCCGCACCGCCUCGCCCCGCGCCCGGGGCCCACCGCCAGGCAGGACAUGGACUCCAUGUUCGAGGACGACAUCAGCAUCCUGACGCAGGAGGCUCUGGGGCCGGACGAGGACUGGCUGGACAGUCCCAACACCGACCUCUCGGGCGAGAUGUGCUCGGCCUCCCACUUCGCCCUCAUCACGGCCUACGACGACAUCAAGAACCGGCUGACGGGGCUGGAGAGGGAGAACUCCACCCUCAAGCGCCGCCUCAAGAUGUACGAGGUCAAGUACCCCCUGAUCAGCGAGUUUGGGGAGGAGCACAUCUUCUCCCUCUACGAGGCCAAGGAGACGUCGCUGCUCAAGAGCGAGAAGGCGUCGCUGCAGCAGCAGCUCAACCAGUUCCAGCACGAGGACAUGGACUCCAUGUUCGAGGACGACAUCAGCAUCCUGACGCAGGAGGCUCUGGGCCCGGACGAGGACUGGCUGGACAGUCCCAACACCGACCUCUCGGGCGAGAUGUGCUCGGCCUCCCACUUCGCCCUCAUCACGGCCUACGACGACAUCAAGAACCGGCUGACGGGGCUGGAGAGGGAGAACUCCACCCUCAAGCGCCGCCUCAAGAUGUACGAGGUCAAGGAGCUGACAGGAGGCCGGGCAGGGCCAGCCCUGUCGGCUGCUGUUACAAGCGGUGUCUCCGUGUCCCCGGGGGUGUCACAACGGCUCAGCCGAACGCUCCGUGUGGAGGCGCCGAGCCCCCAGCCCCCCCGGGGCCCACGGGAGACGGCGUCUCCCUUCACAUCACCGCGGAGAAUAUGGGUGAACCUGGCGCUGGCCUACACGGAGCUGACGGAGGAGCUGUGUCGCCUGAGGAACCUCAGCUCCCUGCAGAGCCAGAUCCUCCGCGCCCUGCUGCAGGAGAAGAGCCUCAACGGCGGCCAGCGUCACUCCCCGCUGUCCCAGUGCCAUUCCCCAGCCCAGCAACGCCGCUCGCCCGCCCCCCAAUGCCCCUCGCCAGCCCCCCCGGGCCGUUCGCCAGCCCCUCAGUGCCAGUCGCCAGCCCUGCAGCGUCGCUCGCCGGGACCCCCCAGCCAGUCGCCGGCCCAGCAGCGCCGCUCGCCAGCCCCCGCUCCCUGCCAGUCCCCUGCCCAGCAGCGGCGCUCCCCGGUCCCCCCUCCUUCCAGCCAGUCCCCUGCCCAACAACGCCGGUCACCGGUGCCACCACCUUGCCCGUCCCCGGCUUCGGCGUCACCGCACCGGUUGCCCGGCGAGAGGAUGGAGUUGGGUUACGCCAAACCUUCCAGCCGCCACAUCAAAGCCGGCUUCCAGGGCCGCCGCAGCUACUCGGAGGUGACCAACGUGGCCCUUUACCAGCAGAACCGCUCGCUCUGGCUCCAGCCCGAAGCCUCCACCCUCCCCAAGCACCGGCCCUACGGAGAGGUUUAUUUGGGGGGCGGCGCGGGGGCCCCCCUGAGCUCCCGUGAGCCUUUCGAGGAGCACCUGCGCUUCGAGAAGCAAUCCUCGGACGAAGAGGAGUGGGCCCUCCCCAGCCCCCCCAGCCCCGAGGCGGGGGCCAUCCGCUGCGCGUCCUUCUGCGCCGGUUUCCCCGUCCCCGACGCCGAGGCCGCUCACCGGACGGCCGCUGCCUACGCGCGGGCAGAGCACGCUCAGUCCUGGCCUUCCAUCAAUGUAAGCAUGGUACACCCCCCCCCACAUCAUAACCCCCCUCCUGGGGGCCGCCACAUCAAAGCCGGCUUCCAGGGCCGCCGCAGCUACUCGGAGGUGACCAACGUGGCCCUUUACCAGCAGAACCGCUCGCUCUGGCUCCAGCCCGAAGCCUCCACCCUCCCCAAGCACCGGCCCUACGGAGAGGUUUAUUUGGGGGGCGGCGCGGGGGCCCCCCUGAGCUCUCGUGAGCCUUUCGAGGAGCACCUGCGCUUCGAGAAGCAAUCCUCGGACGAAGAGGAGUGGGCCCUCCCCAGCCCCCCCAGCCCCGAGGCGGGGGCCAUCCGCUGCGCGUCCUUCUGCGCCGGUUUCCCCGUCCCCGACGCCGAGGCCGCUCACCGGACGGCCGCUGCCUACGCGCGGGCAGAGCACGCUCAGUCCUGGCCUUCCAUCAAUCAGCUCGGGGCUGGUGCAACACCCAGCCUGGUUGCUCACCCCCGGGGCUGGCGUUACCGGGAGCCGGUGGUGGCGAUGGCUUUGGCAGCCGGCGAGCGGUGA